GACACACACACAGACACACACACGCACAGACACAGACACACGCGACGUCACCGCGGUGCCUGUGCCAGGCCAGGCGCACUUUGCGGGCGCCGCUGGCAGGGGGGAGGUCACCGGCCGGAGGUCCCAGCUGGUGCCGUGGUGGGGGGUGGUUGACUGACGACUCUCGAGUGUCUCCAGCCGUGCGCACCACACCCCUCACCUUGUCGUGCCACCUGCCCGCACGCGACGCAUGUGGCGCUGUGCUGCAGCAGAUGUGGACGAGUGCGGGUCGACUCCCUGCCAGAACGGCGGCACGUGCACGGACCGCGUGGCGUCCUACGGCUGCGACUGUCGCCCGGGAUACGUGGGCACGCACUGCGAGACGAGGGUGGACGAGUGUAGCUCGUCGCCGUGCAGGAACGCGGCGCUCUGCGUGCCGCUGGAGGGGGCCUGGCGCUGCGAGUGCCUCCCGGGCUUCACCGGGGACGAUUGUGGCCAAGACAUUGACGAGUGCGAGUCCGGGCCGUGCCUCAACGGGGGGGCCUGCACCGACGGCGUCGACUCCUACAACUGCAGCUGCCAGGCCGGGUUCUCCGGGCUCCACUGCCAAAUCGAUGAAGUGUUCGUGGCGAAUCUGAUCGGCUGGAUCGUCGGCUUCCUGGUGCUCACGCUGACCCUCUUCCUCACGAUCCGCUGCCACAGGAAGCACGGCUGUCUCCGCAAGAGAGGAUAUUUCCGUGCCAGCGGCAACAAAGUGUGGCCGGCCCGGCCCAUCGCCCGCGAUCGCCUGCCGACUCCGAGGCCCCGGCGAGGCGUCCACGACGCCGGCCUGGGGGUGCCCGCUGCGCGUCGCGGCCGCAGGAAAAUCCGUCGGCCGAGCGACUUCUCCCUGGACGCCCCGCCGCUCCCGGGGUCGUCGGGGUCCUCAUCCUCCUCGUCGGGCUCCAUGGGGUCCUUGCAGUCGUCCGGCUCCUUCCUGCCCGUCGAGGUGGCGGUGCGCUCCAACAUCCCGAUGGCGAUGAGGGGGAUGGUGCUGGAGGUGACGGGGCGCGUGACGACUCGCGCGUCCGACGUCGACGCGUCCGCCAGCGACGCCGCCGCCGCCGCCGGCGCCGGCGGCGGUGCCGCCGUGCCGCCCUACCGCGGCAGGCCCUUCUGGUCCCCUCGCUCGGCGUGGGGGGGCAGCGGCGGCGGCGGCGGCUCGGUGCCCCCCCCCGCCAUGCAGAGGGAGAAGGCGUUCAUCUGGUGAAUCUCGCGACCUCUCACCCGGGAGCGACGUGAACUCCUCCCUCCCUGCGUGCCAUUUCACUGUUCUGUUUUCCUUUUUAUAGUCCACCUCCCCUCCCCACUUCGUAGCCGACGCGACGAUCCGUCGGUUGUUUGUUGUCUGGGGCCGAGGCCACGCCGGGUUGGUUUCACGGCAAAGUUCUCGUCGGGUGGUGGAGGGCUCACGACAACGACAAAAUGUCAGAACAGAAAAUGGCUACCAGCAAGUGGCCGAACCCCAAAGACGAAGAAACGUAAACAAUGUGUACGUUGGCUUGACACGGAUUCGCCGUUGACAUUCAGGCCCCGGUUCGCUGCGGUUUCAACGGGCUGGCAAGGCGUUGUGUCGUAACACCCCUCCACCACCCGACGCGCCGGUUUGUUAUCGUCGGGGCUCGCCCGCUGCGACCAAACGCAACGAUGACGACGUCGACUCGUGGCCUAGCAACAAUCGUCAGUCUCGAGCCGAGUUUUGUUUUUACUUUUUUUUACUUUUUUUUUUACUUACUCAGAUUGUACAUGUUGUGGAUUUACUCUCCAACACACCGGUGGGCUGAA